AUGCGGACAGGUCAUGGUCGGAAUUGCAUCCCGCCACGUACCAAAAAACACCUGGGCUCUACUGAACUUCGUCAUUGUAUCUGGCAAGCAAGCAAAGUUUUCGUCACUCCAACCACAGAUUCGCCAUUAUCCGGUCAUUCUCACAAGUACGCUCGUUUCCUUCACGCCAAUUUGGCUUCCGGUGAUGGCGUAGGCAACUGGGUUCCCAUUUGGUGUGCACAUUUCCUUCUCUGA